AUGCGCGCCCCGGUUAACACACAAGUGUUUGCACGGAUCGGCAUAGACCUUUCGGGUCCUUUUGUACUUUCGGCUACAGGAAAGAAGUACGUUUUGAACAUCAUUUGCUGGUUCUCCAAAUAUCUGAUUUCAGUGCCGUUGGAAGAUGCCAAAGCGAUCACCAUAGCCGACGCACUAAUGCAGGAAUUCAUAUUGAAGUUUGGAGCUUGUACGGAAAUAAUCUCAGACAGUGCGGCCGCCUUUACUAGCGAGUUCUACCAAGAAUUUUGCUGGCUGAUGAACGUAAAUAACAAGUACGCAACGCCCUAUUGCUCCAAAGGGAAUGCAAUAACUGAGCGCUCUUUUCAUACGAUACAGGAUGUUUUAGCGAAGAUGCAUUUGCCGUACAUUGCCUGCUGCUACAAUACAUCCAUCCAUGAUACGACGCACGAAACACUCUUCUUCCUAGUCUUUGGUAGGGAUCCCAUCUUUUGCGCCGAUGUUAUUUUGGACCCACAAACGCGCGAAGGUUACGCUAAAACUGACGUGGGGAUGUACAAGGCUCAGCUCAUCAAGCGUCUGCAUAUAGCUUGGCAGCAAGCAACUCUGUGGUGGGCUCAUGCGUUUCUCCAAAUGAAACGGCAGUACGAUAAAAAGGAGCGCAGCCAUCAUGUUAAAGUUGGCGACUGA